AUGAAGAGAAAUAUGAAUAACAACACUAGCUUGUUCUUGGUUGGAACAACUUUGAUCAUUGUUGUCUUGAUGAUGAUGAUUGGUGGCUCGGAAUCAUUAAAGCCAAUCUCUAUUCAUAAAUUAAAAAAGAAUUCUUCUGUUAAACAACCUAUGGUUUUGCCAUCUGGAAUUUCUGUUAAUACACAACAACGUGCUUUGAAUUACAUGUCUAAUCAAUUAACGCCAUUUAUUCAAAAACAAAUCACAUCAACUAUUGCUAUUCCUGAUGUUACAACUAGAGUUGAUACACCAAUCGGACAUUUAACUGCCACCAUUUCUCAAAUUACUUUGAGUAAUUUUGAUAUCUCUAUUCCAUCAAUUGUUGUUGGUCCAACUGCUCUCCAAAUUACUAUUAGCAAUGCUCAAGCUAGUCUUCAUUGUAAUUGGCAUUACAGAGAGGAUUCAUGGCCACAUAUUAGUGAUUCAGGUAGUGCUGAUGCUUCUGUUGCAAUUGAUAUCACUCUUACAGCUCAAAUUGUGAUUAUUGAUGAAUCUCACUUCAAUGUCGUUCUUGGAAAUUUCAAUGCCAAAUUCACUAGCUUUAAUUUGAAAUUACAUGGUGGAGCAAGUUGGUUGUACAAUGUUUUCCUCAACAAUUUCAGAGACUCUAUUGAACAAAGUGCACAAAACGCCAUCAAUACUCAAGUUGCUGGAGCUAUUAAUACUGUCUUGAGUAAGGAAUUGGCAACUCUCAAUCUCCAAAUUCCAAUCUUAUCAAUGGGUGUUUUAUUUGAUAGUACUUUGCAAAGUGUUGUCUACAAUACUUCAAAUUCUCUCAUUGUUGGAACUGCUGGUAGAUUAUUUGUUAAGAAUCAACCAGGUUAUGCAGGACCAACUCCUUCAAUGCCAAACUCUCUUGGAGCUGAUAAGAUGGCUGAAAUCUUUGUCAGUGAUUAUACCCUCAAUACUGCUGGAUUUGCUUUUAACGAAGCUGGAUUGUUCAAUUAUUUACUCACUCAACACAUUUUCCCAUCUUCUUUCCAAUGGCUUUUCAACACUACUAAUUUGCAAUAUUUCCUUCCUCAAUUAUACGCAAAAUAUCCAGGUCUUGAAAUGCAAAUUGACUUUACCACUGCUAGUCCACCAACUAUUUCCAUUUCUCCAGCUAAUGGUGCUGAGGUUAACCUCAUUGCUCAAGCCAUUUUCCAAGUUGUUCAACCAACUGGACCAGUCAAUGCCUUUGCUUUGAAUUUCAAUGCUGUUAUGGAUUUGGAAGCUUCUAUUGUUGCCUCCAAUAUCACUGGAACCCUUACUUAUAAGAGUUCUAAUGUCACACUUGCUUAUUCAAAUAUUGGCCCAUUGGACGUUCAAUUGGUUUCUACUAUUGUUGAUUUAAUUUUCGAAUAUGGAGUUGUUCCAAUUGGUAAUACUCUUGCAAAGAGAGGAUUCCCACUUCCAUCUCUUCAAGGUCUUACCUUGGUCAACCCAGUAAUUUCCUAUCAAAACAGAUUUAUUGCUAUUAGGUCAGAUUUUACUUACACUCCAACAACAGCCGCCAAGAAAUUGAAAAAGUAUUAA